ACCGGAUCAAUCAAUGAAAAUUCAGUGUCAACUACAUGUGUAACAUGUUCUGUGUUCAAUCAAUGUCCAAUGCAAUGGCAGUGGUAUGCAUAUGGUACCAACUCAAAAGAUGUACCUCCACCAUGGUUCAUCAGCACCAAAACCCGACAUUCAUCACAGAAAAAAUGCUAACUACAUUUUCCGUGCUGUGGAAUAUAUAACAUGGUGGAACACUGUGUUACUGGUUGACUUGGCCUAGUCAAAAAUACCAAUGGCUUCGCAAGACCUCAUCCCACAUCAACUCACGAGCACGUUCGGGGUGCUGUUUAUCGGGGUUAUCCUCGCAGCAAUUCUCUUUGGUGUCACCAAUGUCCAAGCUUUCAUCUACAUUCGGACGCAUAGCCACGGUGGUACAGGGAUAACAUUUUACAAGCUGGUCGUCAUAUGCUUUUGGAUACUCGAUGCUCUGCAUCUGGCCCUAAUCGUCCAUUGCGUGUAUUUUUAUUUAGUGAUCAACCACGCGAACAUCAGUGCGCUCACAGAAAUCGUAUGGAGUGCCAAACUGCAGGCAGUAGUCGCUGCUUCCAGCAUCUUUGCGGUGCAUCUUCUAUAUGUUCAUCGCAUAUGGACAGUUAGCAAGGGUCGAUCGAAAGUUCUGGCGAUCAUAGUGGGCAUCGCCGUCAUCCUAACUUUAGGUUUUACCAUCGUCAUUAUUUGGUUCAUGUAUCUGAAAGUCCACGCAACCGCCGAUUUGGUCAAAAUAGAGUGGGCAAUAUACGUUUAUCUGGGCCCUGUUGCCGUAGUCGAUAUCCUCAUCGCAUCAUCAUUGUAUUAUCUCCUCGCUACAUCCCGUACUGGGUUCCCAAGAACGGACUUAUUUAUAUCAAAGCUCAUGGUUUAUAUCAUCAAUACAGGCUGUCUGACGAGUAUGUGUUCAAUGGCUGCUAUCAUUACGUGUGCAGUGAUAUCGGAGAACUUCGUAUUUGAAGCUGUCGAAUUUUUAAUGUUUAAACUAUAUAUUAACUCGUUCAUCGUACUUAUGAACGCGGGAUACUACGCGGAGCCCAACGCAGACGCAAUGCAUUCCUCCGAAUGCCAUGUGCGCUAUGACAUCUACCGCCCGAGAUUGCGCGUUGGGACGUCGCAGGACGAGGAACAGGCAUCUCAGAAGAGCAUGUUCAAUCGUCCAGAUGAAGUGUUGCAUAUCACUCGACCUGUUCAGGCUGUCAUGCCGCGGCGGCCGAUUGAGGUGACAAUGGAAAUGAAUUCUCUCUCUUCAGCAUGAUUCGGAUCGAUUGCGUGGACCAUUGUUUCCAUAUCUUGCGAGAUGAGUGGGGCCGGCUAAUGACUCGAACUUUUUGGUAGUGUCCACUAGUGCGCCCACAAUCGACGUUGGUGCGAUCAAUUUUACUAAGUAGGCUAGUCUAUCAAAUUUGUAAAAUGAUAUCUCCACACCGCGGCACGGGCGCUGCAACCUUAUGUCAGUG